CGCUGCCGGCUUGGCUUACAAUCGACAACAGGCUGCAUAACUGAUUGUGGCUCAAUCCAACCCCUGCUAAUUAACGGCGACGUUAAUCGGUUUUACUGGCCCGGCUUCCGUCUUCAGGCGACGACUUAUCCAACAGGGUUUGGGUAUUAUUGCUUGCUUCACACAAAGCUUUGUUUUGUAUCACAAUGCUCGUCGUCAUGCUACGCUGGCGUUGUUUGCUCCCGCAAGGAUUUGAUCAAUCACUCAUUCCUCGAAUAAGCUUUCACAACAGGCUCUUAGCUGAAAAGACUGGCCUCAAAAGUCGAAACAAAUCAAUAAAACAGAGGGCUCUCUUGGUUUGGCCCUCUCUCUAUGUAAAUGCCGUAUCUACUUCUCUUACACCCCUGAUAGCCCUAAGCACGGUGGCUCGCAUAACAUCAUCUGUGGAUCUGGCCAAGAGCUAUGGUUUCCUAUCAACGAACGGUUUUCAUGGCGCUCCCGAAUUUGACAGGACUUGUGGCGGUUAAUCGGCGCUAGGUUGGAGGGAAACGUUGUGGUACUUGUCUCCAUGCUCUCGCUUAGCCCUCUGAUGUGUGUAUUGACGUCAAGAAGCCGUAGGCUAUGCGAUGAGAACGUUGUUAAAAUGGAUACAGUCAAGUGCAAGGACGUGAGACAAAUGUGUUGGAGCGAACCUGUAGAUCCGACGAAGCCGGAGAUUCAUUUAUCUACGAGUUCGAUUCCUGAUACGCCAUUCGUCAAGGAAGUGUCCGAGCUGACUUCAGGUGUCAACCAGUCAGGAGCCACGAAGCGUCUUUUUUGGGAAGACGGGUAUCGCCACCUCUCAGCUCCUUGUUGAACACGAAAGGAGAAUUCCACGCUGUGGGAAGCUGGAACAUUGUCUUGGCUCUUGAACCGUGUAGGUGGUCGGCCUAGCAACUUUUGCUUUAACAUGGCUACCCUAUGACGGGCUAUUUGCUCUAUUCACAACCGACGAUCUGCAUGUGGGUUGCAGUUUGCAUAUUUUGGCUUCCAAAAUACUACAUAGUUAGAGAUAUCUCAAAGAGUAAUGGUUGUAGCCCCUAAUUAGAGAGUACUAACCUCUUGCCAAUGUUAGAAACGGUGCUACAUGUUCGUGACCUACCUAGGUACGAAAAGGAACAUGUUCGGGUUCGGGUCACGCUCAGCUCCGUGACCGCCUUCCCGAUUGGACCUACUACCAAUGAGGGCAUACUGCCAAAUCAAUGACGGAUGCAGAAUCGUGCAAAUCAUCAUUGGAAGAAUUGAUACCAAUUCAGAUUCAACUCCAAUUUCUUCUUGUGCAUUCCACGACUUCAAACUCUGUACUCUUGUUCUUCCCCCUUUUUAUAAUGGCUGCCAAACAACCAUCUUCAAGAUGGUGGUUCUGGACCAAGGUCCUGAUGGGUGGCGCUGUUGUCGCAGUCGGCGGACCAGCCUUUACAAUGUGGUUAACUCCUACUGAGGAAGAGCUUCGAUCGAGAUACAACCCCGAAUUGCGGAAGAAGAGUUUGGAGAACCGUGAGGAGCGACAACAAGAGUUUGACGACUUUGUGACUCGACUGAAGGAAUACUCCAAGUCGGAUAAACCAAUCUGGAUUGUUGUGAAAGAGGAAGAGGAGCGAAAGCGCAAGGCCGCCGCCGCUGCCGCGAAAGCGUCUCAGAAGGAUGCAGAUACUCGACGAGAAGAGAUGAGGAGAGAGGCAGGCCUUGACGCAAAAUAGAGCCGUUGAUGGGAACCUAAACUGAAUGCCUUUUAUGCUUGUAAGAUCAUAUGGUGUGAUGAAGGACGGCUCAUGUAUAACAGCUGAAUCACAUAGGAAACUUGGUACCUAGUUGCAGGGGUGAGUAAAUUCUUUGGAGUUCUUGGAAUCAACAUUCAACUGCUUUCAUUCGAAAACCAAGAUGAGAUCAUCUUUCAUUGCCUAAACUGCCCUGGCACGACCAUCGAUAUCUCCAAUCGAGUGGUUAUCCGAAUCAUCAAUUUUCUUGAAACAAUUGAGGAACGACUAAAUGAAUGUGAUCACACCGAGUAGGUAGUAGUAACUUUACCCGACAGAGCCCUUGUUUAGGUGCCAUUGAACAGUACAUGCGGUCGUCACAGACAAUCCAUUCCAGGAACUACCUACAUAGAGCAUCUCAAGAGCUCGACACCAAAUGUCAUGGCUUCUAUGUGUGGACGAUCUUCUUGG